AUGGCGGACGCGCCGGCAUAUAUAACUAGCGAUGAAUCGUGCCAUCAGAAGUCACCCAAUGGCCGUGUUGAUUAUGUUCGGGAGGAAUACAAACGUUAUAAACGAAAGAAACCUCCACCAGACUUCAGCGAAGUAAUCGAUUUCCGAGAUCCUUCGACAUUUCGUGAUCGUGUCGAAAAAUUCCAACUGCAAACACAAGGAAAAUGCGAUAAAAGUGAUUCGAAUUUCGGACUUCGAUGUGUAAAGGAAUGGCAAGCGUACGAACUUAAGUCGUGCUCAGGGUUUAUUUUUAUAGUAAACCCGUUUUUACAUGGAGCACAACAUUACUGGACAAGACGAUGUAUUGAAGAUUUUCCCCGCAAACCAAACGUUUGUAACUUGGAUGCGCAUAUGACCUUAGACACGAGAGAAACUGUGUGGAGACUCAGUCAGAGGAAUAAUGAAAACAACAACUUAAUGGACAAGCUCCGCUGGGUCCACCUAGGAUAUCACUUUGACUAUAAUGUUGUCAAUUACAAGCCUGAACGGUAUCAUAACUUCCCAUCAGACCUAGCAGGCUUGACAAAACACAUUGCUAGUGCAGUUGGAUACCCAGACUACUCCCCUGAGGCUGGCAUUGUUAAUUACUAUCCUCUGGGAGGCUCCAUGGGGGGCCAUACAGAUCACUAUGAGUCCGAUUUAUCAUGGCCUCUGAUCUCAUUGAGUUUUGGACAAACAGCCAUUUUUCUUAUUGGUGGAGCAACCAGAGAUGUACGACCAGUUGCUUUAUAUGUUCGUAGUGGGGAUAUUAUCAUCAUGUCAGGAAAAUCAAGAACUGCCUUCCAUGCAGUUCCGAGGAUUAUUAAAGUGGGAAAGGAAAAUGAACCUCCAUGUUGCCUCAAAUGGGAAGAUGGCCUCUUUUCAAGGGACGUCACUUCGAGAAACCCGGAUGAAUCAGGUGUCCUGGAUGAGAGCUCAGUAAUCCCGGGUGCUACAAAUAAAGACAUAACCAUAACCUCUUGUUUAAAUCGGACACAGCGAAUAGAAAAACCUUUGUUCCAAAAAUUCGGUGAUGAUAAGAUUAUCAGAGGAUUAGAAGAGGUCGGUAUUGAUGAGAGAGGGCAUAGCGAAACCGACGAAGGUUGUCGAUGCGACCAACCUAAUUUUUUUGCAAAAUCUAUAGAAACUCUUACCCUAGAGGAAUGGAGAGAGUUUGAAAUCUAUCUUUCGAAAACUCGUAUCAAUGUGAAUGUGCGUCAAGUGCAUGAAAGUGGAAAAACAGUGAGUUCAUCUUAAUAUGAAAACUCAAUUGUGAGUGUUUGAUAUGACUGUAUAAAUAUCAACCUUGGUCUAAGGGAGGAGCGCAUUUCCAAUCUUGUUGUCUUUUUAAUUUUUUUUAUCCGAGACAUUUAAUGGCUUAAAACGUACUUAAAAAUGCAGUUUUAGUAAGCCAUCUCAAAGCAGAACAACUCACUAUGUUGCUUGUAUCCAAAGA